CCCCAGUCCCCCUCACCCGCCUCCUCCUCAUCCACUCCCCCCGACAAAAACUACGGCAUCGCCUACUCCCCCUACACAGCCGAAGGCACCUGCAAACCCGCCGCGCAGAUCACGCACGACCUCACCCAGCUGGCGGGGUACGCCUUCGUGCGCAUCUACGGCACCGACUGCGACCAGACGCGGCUCGUCCUCGCCGCCGCCCGCGGGCUGGGCCUGCGCGUCUUCGCCGGCCUCGCCGACCUGACCCACUUCGCCGACGACCUGGCCCUCAUCAUCGCAGCCGCCGCCGACGACUGGCGCACGAUCCACACGGUGGCGAUCGGCAACGAACUCCUCAACAGCGGCCGGAACACGGCCUCCGAGAUCGUGGGCGCCGUGCAGGCGGCGCGCGCGACGCUCCGCGGCGCCGGGUACGCCGGCCCCGUCGUCGCCGUGGAUACCGUGGCGGCGCUCCUGGCGAAUCCGGGGCUGUGUGCGGUUAGUGAUUAUUGCGCGGCGAAUUGUCAUGCGUUCUUUGAUGACGCCGUCACGGCGGAGGGGGCCGGGGCGUUUACUGGGGACGAUGCGGAAGGGAGAAGAAGCAAGGGCAACCGCAACAAAAAGGUGGUCAUCACGGAAAGCGGUUGGCCGCAUGCCGGCCAGCCGAAUGGGAAGGCGGUGCCCUCGUUGGAGAACCAGCGCGCGGCCGUGCGGAGUUUGAGGGAGGCGUUUGCGGGGGAUUCUCCUGAGCUGGUGCUCUUCUCCUCGUUCGAUGAUCUCUGGAAGGUGGAUAAUGGGUAUACCUUUGGGGCGGAGAAAUUCUGGGGCAUUCUGGGGCAUUAACUUCCCCCUGUUGGUCUUGAUACUUUAUUCUGAGGGGAUGGGGGAAUCGGGGAAAGGAAGGGGAGAUGAUAUCAUGCUGGGUUUCAUGAUACUGUUUCUGGUGCUGCUGGCCGGGUGUUUAGGGUUGCGUGUUCCCUCCGCGUGUGUAUGAUUAUGAUUCUGUCGGGCUGUUUUGGGGCUGCAUGAGGCAUGAGAACUUGGCUGUACCAUAAUUUCUAUCUCAAGUUUCUAUCUGGGUCCUGGGAGUGGUAAGUAGUCUGUCUGCAGGAACUCACCGUGUCUGUUGUGCUUCAAGGGGAG